AUGGUCAACGUCACUUACGGCAGUCUCAACGAGCAAGACGCUAUCGAGCAAGGCGGCACUGACUUUAUAGCGACGCAGUCGACAGGCGAGGUGAAUGCGUACAGUCCAGGCGAUAUGGCGUGGGUUUUAACCUGCACUGCUCUUGUCUGGGUUAUGAUUCCCGGUCUCUCGUUCCUCUACUCAGGUCUAGCGCGCCGGAAGAACGCACUGAAUAUGGUGUUCCUCUCGUUCGUUUCCACUUCCAUCGUAUCCUUCCAGUGGUUCUUCUGGGGCUACUCUCUCUGCUUUUCCAGAAACUCGGGCACUUUCUUCGGCAAGCUGAACAACUUUGGUUUGAUCAAUGUCCUCGAUUUCCCCGCACAAGCUGCGAAUGAAAAAAUUCCUGAAAUUAUCUUCGCCAUGUAUCAGGGCAUGUUCGCAUGUGUAGCGCCUGCGUUGCUGAUUGGUGCCGCAGCCGAGCGAUCGCGUGUGGCUCCAGCGAUGGUCUUUAUCUUUGUGUGGACGACGCUCUGCUACGAUCCGUUAGUAGCGUGGAUAUGGAAUCCGAAUGGGUGGGCAGCUCAAUGGGGUGUACUCGACUACGCGGGUGGUAUCCCUGUCGAGAUCGCUUCCGGUGUUGGUGGACUUGUCUACUCUAUGUUCAUCGGUAGGAGGAGAGGGUAUGGCACUGAAGCAGUUCUGUUCAAACCACACAACGUCUCGCAUAUCGUACUAGGCACCGUUUUUCUUUGGGUUGGUUGGCUCGGUUUCAACGGUGGAUCAACUUACGCCGCUAAUCUCAAAGCUGGAAUGUCUAUCGUUACUACCAACCUAGCGGGAAGCUUCGGUGCUCUCACGUGGAUGAUCAUGGAUUAUCGCUUAGAGAGGAAAUGGUCAGUUGUGGGUUUUUGCACUGGUGCUAUUUGCGGUCUCGUCGCUAUCACUCCGGCUGCUGGAUUCGUAGGUGCUCCUGCAUCCAUUCUCAUAGGAUUUCUGGCCUCUUUCCUGUCUAAUUUGUCAACGCGACUGAAAAAUAUGGCUAGAAUUGACGAUGUUAUGGAUAUAUUCGCUUGUCACGGUUUGAGUGGAGCGAUUGGAACAUUCCUAACGGGAAUAUUCACCCAAGCAUCCGUCGCACACAACGACGCUAUUUCAGAUAUCGAGGGUGGUUGGAUAGACAGAAAUUUUGUCCAGCUGGGCAAGCAAGUAGCAUGGAUUGCAGUGGGGACAGGGUGGGUCUUUGUGGUUACAUACGCCAUCAUGUUCGUUAUCAACCUCGUACCUGGAUUGCGAUUUAGAGUGGAUGAGGAGGGCGAGAUUCUCGGUCUGGAUGAAGCUGAGCAUGGCGAAUUUACAGCAGAUUACGUUGAAAUGAGAAGACAUGCUGAAGAUUACUAUGGAGAGGUACCGACUGGAUUGAGAGGAGGCUUUGGUGCACCUGCUGGAGAUAUGCACCGUACAGAAUCACGUCGCUCACAUGCUACAGAGGAAGUGCCCGAGGAGAAGACGGAGAGGACGGCUGGAGGAGACGUGGAUGGAGAUGGAGAUAGCAAGAAGCAAGACAAGGAGCUUGGAGAUAAAGAUAAUAGAGAGCAAUAA